UUUAGGUGGUGAUACUGUAGUUUGAGGUUAGUUUGGAUUCAAGCAAAACAGCACAACCAUUUUUGCGGUAAUUCGUAAUUGGACUUGAUAAAAACGUAUUUAUUCUGGUGUAAUUUUCACUGAAAAAUGGCUCUAUCUUGUGCAAUUUCUAAUGAAGUGCCGGACCAUCCAGUAAUUUCACCAGUUUCAGGUAGUAUUUUUGAGAAGAGACUCAUCGAGAAAUAUAUUGCAGAAAAUGGAGUAGAUCCUAUUAAUGGGAAAGAGCUUACAGUUGAACAGCUCAUUGAAGUGAAAGCAUCACCCUUAGUUAAACCAAAACCUCCAAGUGCGACCUCAAUUCCAGCAAUUUUAAAGAUAUUACAGGAUGAAUGGGAUGCAGUGAUGCUUCAUUCUUUUACUUUACGACAGCAAUUACAGACGGCACGACAAGAAUUAUCACAUGCCUUAUAUCAACAUGAUGCAGCAUGCAGAGUAAUAGCCAGGUUAACCAAAGAAGUAACUGCUGCUAGAGAAGCUCUUGCAUCUUUGAAACCUCCGAGUGGAAUUACGCAAGUUACUGCUAUUCCUCAACCAGCAGUUGCUGUCGAAGCUGGAGGUGCAGCAGCACAGCCUACUGAACAAGCUGGAAUAACAGACGAUGUCAUACAGAUUUUACAAGAAAAAGCAACUGUUUUGACACAAGAAAGAAAACGACGCGGUCGUUCUAUACCAGAGGAUUUAGUCCCCGCAGAUAAUAUUCGAAUAUUCCAAACUUUAGCAUCACAUCCAAGUCUUCACUCGGCAAGUGUUCCGGGAAUUUUAGCCCUUGACAUUCAUGGUGCUGACACGAGUAAAAUUUUGACAGGAGGGGCUGAUAAAAAUGCGACAGUUUUCAAUAAAGAUACAGAGCAGGUAGUUGCUAUAUUAAAGGGUCACACAAAAAAAGUAACCAGGGUUGUUUAUCAUCCUGAAGAAGAUGUUGUUAUGACCGCUUCACCAGAUACCACAAUUCGAAUUUGGAAUGUGGCUACAAGUCAAACAACUUUACUAUUAAAAGCUCACGACGCACCUGUUACUGGAUUGUCGCUUCAUCCUACUGGUGAUUAUUUAUUAAGUUCGUCAUUAGAUCAACAUUGGGCGUUUUCUGAUAUACGUACUGGACGAUUAUUAACGAAGGUUGCUGGACCAGCAAGUCAACCUCUUACAACUGCUCAAUUCCAUCCGGAUGGUUUAAUUUUUGGAACAGGAACGGCUGAUUCUCAGGUUAAGAUUUGGGACUUGAAAGAACAAUCAAAUGUUGCUAAUUUCCCAGGACACAGUGGACCAAUAACCGCAAUAAGUUUUUCUGAAAAUGGUUAUUAUUUAGCGACCGCAGCAGAGGAUGCAUGUGUUAAGCUUUGGGAUUUGAGAAAAUUGAAAAAUUUCAAGACUUUACAAUUAGAUGAUUCAUAUGAAGUAAGAGAUUUAGCCUUCGACAAAAGUGGAACUUAUUUGGCUGUUGCUGGGUCUGAUGUCAGAGUAUAUUUAUGCAAACAAUGGCAAGAACUUAAAAUUCUCAAUGACCACACUGCUGCAGCAACUGGUGUCCGUUUUGGCAAACAUGCCCAGUAUAUUGCAUCAACUAGCAUGGAUCGAACCCUAAAACUAUAUGGAUUGCCAUAGAAUGAAUGACUGAAUUAAUUGAAAAUAAAUCAAUGUAUAUACUUAUAAGAUUAAUACAGUGUAUGAUGACGAGUUUAUGACACUGACUAUUGAAUAAAAAUGGAUUUUCUUUAA